CCCCCAAAAAAAUAAAAAUAACAACCACUCACUUCAUUUAUACCUUGUCCUUUCUUCUACCUCCUUUCUCUUAUUUCUCAAUCUCAAAUCCCUACAAAUGACCUCAAAUCCCAAAGGAAAAAUCCACAAUUUUCUCUCCCUCCUCCUAUCUCAUUAAUUUCCUAAAAAAUAAUCCAUCUUCUAGUGUAUAUACAUGUCAUAAGCUAAAAAAGAAAAAAACAACUAGCCAAAAUGAAGAAAACCUAGAGAGCAACAAAGAAGAGAAGAAGAAAAAGGGGUGAAGAGAAAAAAAAAAUUGAAUCUAGCUAUGUACUAAAAGUUUUUUUUUUUUGAGACUCUCGAAAUUCGAACAGUGCCACGUAGAAAAACAGAAGUAACAAGGAUAUAUGGAACUAUUCCCAGCACAACCAGACUUAUCCCUAAAAAUCAGCCCACCAAACAUCAAACCUUCAUCAUCAACAUGGAAGAGGAAAAUUACAAGUGAAGAUGAUAUGCAUAUGGAUUUAGGGUUUUGUAAAAGAGCUCAUGUGGUGGAAUCAACAAAUCCUAUUAACACUUCUUCUUCUUGUUUUGACCUUUCUUUAUCCAAUAAUCCAACUAAACCUAAUUAUAACAACCCUAAUUCUUCCCAUCAUUUACAUAAUCUCCAAAAUUACAACAUCUCACAACAAAAUCAAACUAUAAUAAGAGGCAUUCCGGUGUAUCAUCAAAAGCCCUUUAAUACUACUACUACUACUACAUUUCCUAUAACUUGUUCACCUUGUUCUAUUAUCAAUAAUAAUAAUAUUAAGAACACAAUUAGUUCUUGUGUCUCUACUAGACCUAAUUUUCAACAAGGAGGGUUUUUUAGAUCAAGAUUUUUAUCAAGAUAUUCGACUAAACGGAGCACUAGGGCUCCAAGGAUGCGUUGGACAAGUACUCUCCAUGCUCAUUUUGUUCAUGCUGUUGAGCUCUUGGGUGGCCAUGAAAGAGCAACACCAAAAUCAGUUCUUGAGCUUAUGGAUGUCAAAGAUCUCACCUUAGCACAUGUUAAAUCCCAUUUACAGAUGUAUCGGACUGUAAAGACAACUGAUAAAUCAGCUUCUUCAGGCCAAUCUGAAGUAUUCGAUAAUUUGUCAUCUGGAGAUACAUCAGAGGAAUUGAUGGUUGAUGAAUAUUUUGAUUCGAAGUCUAAAUUGAUAUAAUAGAUGAAUUUACUUGACACUCAAAGACUCUGAAUUUUGUAUCUGCCUCUGGUCGAAAAUGAAGAAUGUUCAAGAAAGUUUGUUCAACAAGAUGAAAGGAAUAUUCGUGGUGAACUUUCAUAUGUGAAAUUUCAUAUGCUAUUAUAAAAAAUUAUUCCCAAAAAAACGAAUUUGUAUUUCUUUUUAUAGCCAAAAGGGUCUUAGGGCGAAUGCUAAACCCUAGUAAAUAAUGAUGGACCUAUAUAUGUGGAAAUUGGUUUUUGUGCCAAAAGCAAAGAGGGCACCAGUUAUUCAAUAGUGUAAAGAAUUUUUAUAAUAUUUUCUUAGUAUAAUAUUUGACGUGGUUGAAAUGUUA